AUGGAUGAUGCAGUCUUCGUGUUCGACACUGAAAGCGAGCAAGCUACGAACUUUGCUAUAGCGGUUUGGAAGUCUCUGAAAGCCUGGCUAGGUGUGUCUUUCAGAGAACCAAUACCGGGCACAAAGCAGUUCGAGGUGAAGGCUCCGAACACAGUCAUCGUCAUCACACCGAACAUCUUCAAGAACGAGGUCGUCAGGGAAGCGUACGCGGCAGCAGCGACAACCAAGAAAAAUGUAGUGUUUCUACACCACAUAACUUCUGGCUGCAACCUCCAAGAGGAGGCUGAGCAGGCGCCAGAGGAGCUGAAGAAAUCAGUCGACAAGAUUUUCAAAGACAAGAGGUACGUGAUCUAUACGGAGGACCUCAGUGAAGAGUGCAAUGACAUGCUCAUGGAAAAGCUGAACCUGCGAAAUGCAGACGAACUGAAGGCUGCCUACGAGAAGCGCGCCUUCCGUCGAAACAUCGACAUCAUGAAGUACAGCGCCAAAGUUGCCAAGGCACGCACACAAGCUGGAGUCAAGCGGAAGUACGACCUCUGCAUCACAGCGGCGAACGUCGAGCACAGCCCAGAUGGAAUGCCAGUGGUUGACCGCUUGUUCACGACGAUGUCGAAGCUUGCACCAGCUUUGUGCAUUGGCCGAAAUUACGGCGACAAGGUGUCCAAUGCUGAUGUGAGACACUCCUUUAACAUCGUCGUGGUGCUCACGAAGGACGCCCUCACGUGUCCGGACUUGAUGGGGGAGCUGAAGUCUGCCCUGGAAGCAGAAGCCAGCAUUCUCAUCGUGCACGAUCUGCUGAGCUGUCCAGACCUGAAGGCUGAGAUCGAAAAAUGCGAGGACAAGGUGGUUGCGUCAAGCCUGAUGCGCUCCGCACGAUUCGUCUACAUGUCAGAGGUGGUCACGAGUGUUGUGCUUGGCAUCUUGUCGCCUGGCACAAUCAAGACAGACGACGCCAAGUCACCUCGAACGAAGCAGGCGCUGUCCUCUGGAGGUGGAAAGCAGUUCCGGCUCGAGUACAAGAACUGCUUUGCUCUGGACCUGGCGAAAGAUGGUACAGGACAGGUGUACAACACCAAGUUUAGCGACAAGAAGAAAGACUUGCCGGGCGACAUCGACUCCGCCAUCAAAGCCCUUUUCGAGCUGUAUGAUCCGGCCAAGAAGGGAAGCAUUGGCUGGCCGCAGUUUGCCGAAGUCGAUCGUAUCGUGACGGAAUGCCUUGGCGGCCAGUACGAAGAGAUGAUCUCCCGAAGAGCUUUCUCCAUGAUGAACUAUCCAGGGCUGACUCUGGAGUCGGAGAUUUCCUUCACGACGUUCCACAACUACCAUGCCUUCGUUGCAAAGCAGAUGGGCGCAUUGGAAGGUGACAGGGACUCAAGCAUGCACUACAAGUAUAUCGUGGACAAGGUGAAGAACUCCAAAAAAGGCAAGCGCUUCCUGAAGCUCUUCGACUUGUACAUCGUCCAUGAUGAAAGCAAAGAGUCCAUUGCUUUCGCCAAAGCGCUCAAAGUGUCCAUGAAGGAUCACACGCCCAACGUUCGCACAGCAGUUUGUAACGAGAAGGUCCCUGGGAAGGAUGACAUGCAGCGCACCCAGAUUGCAGCUCAAAGUCUGAACGUCCUCAUCUUGCUCCAAGAAGACUGCCUACUCAAGGAUGAAGUGGCCAAAGAUGUCGUCGCCGGAGCAAAUGAGGGAGCUCAAAUCUUGGUGUUGGUGAACAUGGAGAGCAGCCCCAUCUUGGAGAAGGAAAGAAAGAAGGCGAAUGCAGAGGUCCAGACAGCACUGUCAAGACCUCCCGUUGUGGAAUAUUGGAAGGGCAGCGACCAGGCUUGCUGCUGCAAGCUGCUAGACUUGAUGUCGUUUCCUGUCGACGCGAAUGCAAAGCGGCCCCUGCCGAACAAGAAAGCGACGUUCCGGCAGAAAGAAAACCCAGUGGUCCUUUUUUUGUACCAGCAGUGCGAGGAGGAUACGGUGUGUGGUCAGGCCAUGACGGCUUUGGCGAACUUGGUCAGUCCCAUUAGCAAGAGUGGCGACUUGACGAGGGCCGAGUUUCUUCGAGAUGGUGGCUGCGAUGUCCUGCAGGAGCGUUUCUCCUCGUUCCUCUCAGUCAGCGCUGUCGCAGAACCUGCUGCGCGAUGCGUGGCGAACUUGGCAAUGUACCCACCUUGCGCCCGAAGGAUGGCCGAGCUGGGUACCGUGAAGACACUCAUUGAAGCUAUGCAGGCGCACGUGGAUUCUCCAAAUCUGCAGGGUGAUGCCUGCUGCGCUAUUGUGAACAUCGCUCAAGAUGACGUUGGCAAGAGGAAGGUCAACGAGUUAGGUGGGUUUCAGCAAAUGCUCCAAUCCCAAAAGCGAUUUGAGUACAACGCUGACUUCUGGGAGAUGCGAUGGGGCAUGAAGGAACUUGCCGAAGGUGACACGGUCAUGGUAAAUUAUCAUGGCAAGGGACGUUGGGUGACAGGAACAAUCACGAGAGUCAACAAGGGCAAUGGCGCCUACGAUGUUGACUACAUGCAUGGUGGCAAUGAUCGCAAAGUGCCCACGAAUUUGGUCCGCCCCAAAGACAAGUCAGACAUGAUCGACGAGUUCGUGGCUGUUUGGCAGUGGAAGCCAGAGGGCAAGCUUACAGAGGAUGAGCUAACCCUCAAGGCCGAUGGGAUUCUGACGCUGAAGCGAGAAGGGCAAGGAGCGGCAGGGACCUGGAACGUUGCGGAGCCAAAGGGCGGAGGCCGCAACCUGGUCAAGAUCAAGUUGUCCGUGGAGCCUUUCUCCUCGAUUGAGAUGGAGCGCAUCUCCUUGACGACCCUGCGCUCCACCAGCGGACCGCAGAGGGCCGUCUUGAAGGACUCGCUGGAUGAUUGCCUCUACGUUGAGUACUUCGAGUUCCCCGAGGGUUUGGACACUUUCAAGAAGCCUCCGCCUCUCCUCGGCCGUAAGCCUGACAUCUCCCGGUCCGAGCAGCAGAUUGACUGGGUGAAGACCGACUCGCCGUGGACUGGGCUGCCGGUCAACUUCACCAGCAACUAUGCAGCGAGGUGGAAGGGGGUUGUCGAGAUCACGAAGAUGGGUGACUACCAGCUCAAGCUGGAAGCUGCGACCAGUGCAGUCUUGAGGCUCAACGACAAGGUGGUGAUCGAUGGGUCUGGCGAAUGGCAGGGCAAGCUCUUGGGAGGCCCCAAUCGGAUUGCCAUGGACUUCUUCGCGAAUGAGGCCUCCAAGUUCGUCCAGCUGUCGUACUGCGGGCCAGACACCGGGGACGAAUGGUGUAUCAUGCCGGUGGCAGUGCUGCAGCACGAUCUGGAGUCGUGCCAGGUUGUUCCAAAGCCAGGCUUCAUCGCCGAGUACUUUCCAGAGGACUACGAGGAUGGUGUCAUCCCAGAAGGUAUGGAUCCGGACAUUGUUCGAACUGAGAAGCAGCUUGAUUUCGAGGAGGUUGAAGCUCCGUGGCAAGGGCUUCCCAAGCGCUAUGGCGGAUCGUUUGCAGCCCGCUUCACAACGUACAUCAAUGUUACCUGUGGAGAUGCCAAAAAAGCCAAGUAUCAGUUCAUGCUCGAAUCGGGCAUGAAGGCAGUCCUGUACAUCAACGACAAGCAGGUGUCUGUUGAGGACAAGCCUGUGGACAUCGAGCUGAAGAAAGGUCAGCACCUCGUUCGCGUUGACUACUUCUGCAAAGCCGGGGAGAAGCAUGGCCUGAAGCUCUUCUACCGUGGACCGGAGACAAUGCCCAAAUUGGACGAUGGAGAGGAGGUGCCUGAGGGUGCCGGCAAGAUCCUUGUUCCGCCUACAGCCACCUGCUACUAUGCCCUUCCGUCCUGUGCUCAGCCCAAGGGGGAGCCCCUGAUGAAGCACGACAAGGCCGUGCACACGGUCCUCUGGUCUGAUGACGAUUCCCGCAUCGCAUCCGUGGGAGGUGCCGGCAAGAUUCACUUCUGGGACCCUCCGACAGGACGGUACGUGGACAGUACCGAUGUCGGUGGCAAGAUCACCACAGCCGCUGGUGGCAAGGACAAGAUUGCCCUGGCAAUGGAUGACGAUGAUCGAGCCAUCAAGAUUAUCGACUUCGCCACAAAGAAGGAGAUUCGUGUCUUGAAGCACGUGCCCCAGGAUGUGCCGGAUGAGGAGCCGGAGGAGCCUGAGCUCGAUGAGAAUGGAGAGGAAAUUCCACGCCCUGAGCCACCAAAGAAGCUGGGACCUCAUGAAGGCCCCGUACGCAUCGUCUGCUUCAGCCGCGAUGGCAAGUUCGUAGCCUCUGGCAGCGAGGAUGGUGUGGUGAAGCUGUGGGACAUGCAGACUGCGGAGGAGCUUAUGACAAAGGCCAUCCUCCAGACCACGAAGGAGCAUGGUGAGACACCGGUGAAGAUCCACGCAGCGGGAUUCUGUGGAGAUGGAACCAGGCUCCUUGUGGGCAGCAACGAGAAGCACCUCCGCAUCUACAACACCACCACUCGUGACGAGCUGCGCGGCCCGAAGAAGCUCCUGCCAAAGCCUGCUGAGCCGGAGGAGGGUUGGACCGAGGAGAACCCGGAGCCGGAGGACGAGUAUGAGGAGGGUGAUCCAAUCUUCUUGGCCUGCCACAAAGCACCAGUGGUCUGCCUCUCGUUCUCGCCACUGGAUGGCAACCGCCUGGCGACUUGCAGCACAGAUGCGACCAUCCGGAUUUGGGAUCUGAUUAACAGUGAGUAUGAUGCCGACUUGAAGCAGGUCAUCGAUCCCAUUCAGUGUCUGUCGGGAUUUGUCACCUGGUCUCCCGAUGCCACAUCGCUUGUGUCGUCAUCAGAGGACAUCUACGUCGGGCUGUUUUCCGCAGUCAGUGGCCAGCGCCGAGCGGAUCCCCUCCAGGGCCACUUGGCAAGCGUGCGAUACGCGGCGUGGGCUCCAUGCUCGCAAGCCUUCGUCACGUGCUCCGACGACCACACAGUGCGCCUGUGGCACUUCCUUGUCAACAGGAACAUCACCGAAAUUGCGGUGUUGGAGGGUGAGCAAAUGGAGUUUAACGACGACAUGCGCAAGUGGAACGAGAGCUUGCACAAGAUUCGAAACGAGUUCAAGGACUACAGCAAGGGUCUGUCUCAGUACGAGGGCGAGGUCUACAGUUUGAAGAAGAACUUGGAUGAGGCCUUGAACAGAACAAAGUCUUACGUGCAACGUGAGCAACUUCUGGGCCUGGAAGUGACGGACUACUACGAGCUUGAUGGCAUGAUCGACGACUUCAACCCGUACUAUCUGCUUUGGAGCACCGUCAUUGAGUUCCAGCGCUCAGAAAGGAAGUGGACUCUUGAGCCAAUUUCGACUCACAACUCCACGGAAGUGGAGAGCACCAUCGAUGGCUGGUACAAGUUGGUGUACAAGAUGAUCAAGGACUUUGACAACGACAACAUGAGGGCCGCACAGAAGAUCGCCAAGGAGCUGCGCCAAGGGCUGGAGGAGUUCAAGGGCCGCUUCCCCUUCCUGCGCUGCUUCGCCAACGAGUCGGUCUUGGACCGGCACUGGAAAGAGAUGUUCGAGCGCAUGGGAAAGGAAGCUCCUCCUCCCUCGAAGUAUGGCAACGACUACAAGAAUGUGACUCUCCAGAUGAUGUUGGACCACAACAUCAACCAGUUCACAAACGACUUCGAAGAGUUGUCAACUGCAGCAGCCAAGCAGCAUGGACUCAAGAAGGCCAUGGGCAACAUGAAGAUCGAGUGGCAGCCCCUCGAGUUCUUAACCGCAGAACGCAAUGGAGUGCCGCUGCUUCGUGGCAUUGACGAGAUUCAGACGGUCCUUGAUGACCACAUUUCGAAGACCCAGGCGAUUCGAAGCAGUCCCUUCUGCAAGCCUUUCGAGGCAGAGGUUCAUGAGUGGGAGCGGACCCUGAUGUACAUCCAGGAUUUCAUCGACCAAGUCAUCGCCUUGCAGAGGAGCUGGAUGGCUCUGGAGCCGAUCUUUGCGUCUGACGACAUCAAGCGCCAGCUGCCGCAGGAAUCCGAGUCUUUCGCACGGAUUGACAGCAACUUCCGCAUGCGCAUGGCGCAAGUCGACUCCAACAAGAACUGCAUUGCAAUCUCCAAGAUUGAGAACAUCGUGGAGGAUAUGACCGAGGCCAACGUCACAAUUGAGAAGGUGCAGAAGGGCCUGAAGGACUACCUGGAGACAAAGAGGUUGUACUUUCCACGCUUCUUCUUCCUGAACGAUGCCGACCUGCUGUCCAUUCUUGCAGAGACCAAGGAUCCCACCCUGGUGCAGCCCCACUUGAACAAGGCUUUCGAGGGCAUUGCAAAAGUCCGCUUUGACUCCAAGAACGAGAUCAUCGAGGCUAUGACGUCUGGAGAGGGUGAGACAGUGGAUUUCACCAACAAAAUCGAUGUCAUGAAGCCUGGAAAUGCUGGCGCUGUGGAGUGCUGGCUCGUGGAAGUUGAGGAGUCCAUGAUGGAUAUCCUGCGUGAGGUCAUUGACAAGUCUAACAAGGCAUACCCAACCGCAGACCGAGUGAAGUGGUGCUGUGAGUGGCCUGGCCAAGUGGUGCUGGCAACCGACAUGAUCUUCUGGACGUCCGAAGUCACUGACUCACUGAAGAAGGGCGCGAUUGCAGAGUAUGAGAAGAAGCUCUUCAAGCAGCUGGAGGACAUCGUGGUUCUGGUUCGAGGACAGAUGACCAAGCUCAAUCGCGUAACUGUGGGCGCCAUGGUGACGCUGGAUGUCCAUGCAAGAGACGAGGUGACCAACUUGGUGCAGAAGCGCGUGGACUCCCCAGAUGACUUUGCUUGGCUCUCCCAGCUGCGAUACUACUGGCAGGACAAGCAGUCGUUCGAAAGAAUUGAUACAGGGAAGAUGAAUGAGAAGAUGGAGUGCAAGGUCUCCAUUGUGAACUCCACUUUGUUGUACGGCUUCGAGUAUUUGGGCAAUUCGCCUCGACUCGUCAUCACCCCGCUCACAGACAGAUGUUACCGAACGUUGAUGGGUGCCUUCGCAUUGUACUACGGCGGCGCGCCCGAAGGACCGGCCGGGACAGGAAAGACCGAGAGUACCAAAGACCUGGCAAAGGCCUUGGCGAUCCAGUGCGUGGUGUUCAACUGCAGUGACUCCAUGGACUACUUGCAGUUGGCCAAAUUCUUCAAAGGCCUGGCUUCCAGUGGAUCCUGGUGCUGCUUCGACGAGUUCAACCGGAUCUCACUUGAGGUCCUGUCAGUGGUUGCCCAGCAAAUUCAGCAGAUCUCCCUGGCGAUCAAGCGACGUGUGGAAAAGUUUGUCUUCGAGGAGACCGAGAUCAAGUUGGUGCCAACCUGCGCAGUGAACAUCACCAUGAAUCCCGGCUAUGCUGGUCGGUCUGAGCUUCCGGACAACCUGAAGGCACUUUUCCGACCUUGCGCCAUGAUGGUGCCCAACUACGCUCUGAUUGCAGAGAUCCGACUGUACUCCUUCGGCUACUCAGAUGCCAAAGUCAUUGGCACAAAGGCCACUAUGGCCUUGAAGCUGUCCUCGGAGCAGCUCUCCCCACAACGCCACUAUGACUUUGGCAUGCGCGGUCUGAACGCUCUGCUGGUUGCAGGAGGCAAUGGCAAGCGUACAUACGGAGACAAGUAUCCCGAGGAUGUGAUCGCGCUGCGUUCCUUCACAGAUGUGAACCUGCCAAAGUUUACCACCGCUGACUUGCCCUUAUUCAAGGGCAUCAUCGGUGACUUGUUCCCCGGCGUAGAGCUUCCUCCGAGCAACGCUGGAAAGCUCAUGGCAACGAUCGACAUGGUCGCCGAGAAGAGAGGUCUGCAGCCGACGAAGCCGUUCACCACGAAGGUCGUCCAGCUUUGGGAGACUGUCCUUGUCAGACACGGCUUGAUGACAGUGGGAAUUCCACCAUGUGGCAAGACGAACGUCAAGAAUGUGCUUGCAGAGACGUUGGGUGAACUGGCCGAUGGAGAAGAAAUGAUGCCUGUGACCCAGUAUGUGAUGAACCCCAAGUCAAUCACUCAGGGUCAGCUGUAUGGCGAGAGCGACUUGAACACGCAAGAAUGGACGGACGGAGUGCUGGCAAUUGCCGUGCGUGAAGCCAUGAAAGCGUUUGGCGACGGUCGGCGUCAAUGGGUCGUCCUGGAUGGGCCGGUCGAUGCCAUCUGGAUCGAGAACAUGAAUACAGUGCUUGACGACAACAAGAAGCUCUGUUUGAACAGUGGCGAGAUCAUCAAGCUCUCAACAGUGACCACGAUGUUGUUUGAGGUCAGGGAUUUGGACUAUGCAUCGCCAGCCACCGUCUCCCGUGUAGGCAUCGUGUUCCUGGAGCCUGACACCGACUUAGGCUGGAAGCCGAUUGUGGACUCCUGGCUGCUCACGUUGCCAGACUACAUCAAGGAGGAGCACAGGGAUCAGCUGUUCUCGCUGUUCAACAACUACUUCGAAGUCCUCCUUGAGUGCACACAUCGCGUGCGCACCCCCUUCGCAGUAUCAGAUGGAUGGCUCUGCUGCAUGGCAACAAGGAUGAUGGAUGCCCUGAUCGCCGAUCAGACUGAAGGCUUCUGCAAAGAAGAAGUGAAGAUCCCCGAGGGCGAGGAACCGGAUGAUGACAUGGACAUGGGGCAGAACUUCAUGGACCGCGAAAUUAUGAUUUUCCAGCUCUUCUGGUUCACGAUGACCUGGACUUGUGGCGCGUGCACGGACACAGAUGGCCGCCUUUUUGUGUGUGACAUCAUCCGGCAGUGCAUGGACAACAAGAAGGACUUGCUGCAGAAGUUCAACUUCGUUGCAGACUUCACGAAGGUGGAUAUCACUGGUGGUGGCAGCAUGCCAUCGGCACCCCGCAAAGGCUUGCUUCAUGAUUCGUUCAUUGAUCCUGUCGAUGGGGGCAAGUGGAAGCCUUGGACGGAGCGUAUUGAGGGCUUCGACAUUCCCAAGGACACGCCCUACCACACCAUUGUCGUGCCUACAUCUGACACCUGCCGAAAUCAGUUCCUGAUUCGAACGCUGAUUGAUCGGGGCUACAACAUCCUCAUCAGUGGUCCGACAGGAACGGCAAAGACUGCCUCCAUCCAAGGCAUGCUGCUGCAAGGUUUCAGCCCAGACAGCUAUGCCACCAAUGCCUUCGCAUUCUCUGCACAGACAACGGCCAAUCAGACCCAGGACGUCAUUGAUGGCAAGCUGGACAAGCGAAAGAAGGGUACCUUUGGGCCACCACCAAACAAGAAGAUGUUGGUGUUCAUCGAUGACUUGAACAUGCCCUUCAAGGAGGAGUAUGGUGCGCAGCCUCCUAUUGAGAUUCUCCGGCAGAUGUUCAUUCUCACACCGUUUGGAUAUGGCUGGUAUGACCGCAAAGGAUGGGAGUUCCGCCAGCUGAUUGACAUUCACAUGUUGGCCGCGAUGUGCCCUCCAGGUGGAGGCAAGAACGACAUUACAGAUCGCUAUUCCCGGUGGUUCAACUUGCUGUUUGUGACCCCGUUCGACGAGGAGAGCUUGAGCCGAAUUUUCGUCACAGUGGUGAACAAAUUCAUGUCAGUCAUGGCGCGUGACGUCCUAGGAGCGGCUUCUGGUGCUGUCACAGCUACCCUUGAGGUUUACACCACCGUUCUGAAGGAGUUGUUGCCGACACCUGCCAAGUCACACUACACGUUCAACAUGCGAGAUGUCUCGAAGGUCUUCCAAGGAAUCUGCCAAUGUUCACGCGAAUCUCUGCCAAAGGUAGAUGACCUUGCCAAGUGCUGGCUGCACGAGUGUGAGCGCGUGUUCAAAGAUCGACUGACCACCAAGCAAGACAUGAACUGGUUCACAAAUCUGUGCAAGCGCAACAUGGACAAACACCUCAAACGCCCUUACGACCAAGCAGUCAAGCUGGAGCCUGUGAUCUUUGCAGACUUCUGUGACCCAAAGUCGUCGGCAUAUGUUGAGAUUCAGGACCAUGAGAAGCUGUCGGCCAAGGUCCAGGAGUGCUUGGACGACUACAACUCGGUCAGCAAGAUUCGCAUGGAUCUUGUGCUGUUCAUGAGCUUUAUCCAGCACAUUUGCCGGGUCAUCCGCGUGCUACGGCUUCCGCUGGGCAAUGCGCUGCUUGUGGGUGUCGGUGGCAGCGGACGCAAAGCAACCACCACCUUGGCAACGUACGUGGCGCAGUACGAGCUGUUCCAGAUCGAGAUGUCCAAGGGCUACGGGAUGAACGAGUGGCACGAGGACAUGAAGCGGAUGCUCAUGAAGAGCGGCUCCCAGGAUGUCAACACGACCUUCUUGUUCUCCGACACGCAGAUCGCCAAGGAGGCCUUCCUGGAGGAAGUGUCUUCAAUCCUGAACACGGGCGAGGUGCCGAAUCUGUAUGCCAACGAGGAUCGCUUGGAGAUUACAGAAAAGUGCAGCAAGGGUGCGAACGCAGUUGGCAAGAACACGCCUGCAGAGAUUUUCGGGUGGUAUGUUGAGCAGUGUCGAAAGAACUUGCACAUCGUGAUUUGCAUGUCGCCGAUCGGAUCUGCAUUCCGAAACAGAUUGCGCAGCUUUCCCAGUUUGGUCAACUGCUGUACCAUUGAUUGGUUCCAUGAGUGGCCAGCCGAUGCCCUGUCCGCAGUGGCAAACCAGUUCCUGUCCAAGGACAAGGACCUGGACUUCGACGACACCAUCCGAACCAAUGUGACCAAGAUUAUGGUGCAAGCUCAGCAGAGUGUCUUCAGCUUGUCAGAAAAGUUCCUGCUCGAAGCCAAGCGCCACUUCUACGUCACUCCAACGUCAUACCUGGAGCUCAUCAGCUCCUUUAUCUCGACACUGAAGUCUCGGCGCCAGAUCGUGCAGAAGGCCAAGUGGCGUUAUGACACGGGGCUGGACAAGAUCAACGACGCGAAAGAGCAGGUGUCAGCACUACAGAUUGAGCUGAACGAUUUGGAGCCCGUGCUCGAGAAGGCGGCGCAAGAAACGGGCGAGAUGCGAGAGCGAGUGGAGGCGCAGCAGGCUGGGGCGGUUGAAAAGAAGGCAGUGGUUGAAGAAGAAGAAGCCAAGGCCAAUGCCCAGAAGGCAAACGCCGCAGCCAUCAAGGCCGACUGCGAGAAGGACUUGGCUGCUGCGCUGCCGGCUUAUGAGGCUGCGUUGGAGGCGUUGAGCAAGCUGUCUAAGGGCGACGUGGGUGAAGUCCGCGGAAUGAAGACCCCACCAGCCGGCGUGGUCCUGACAGCGCAAGCGAUGUGCAUCAUGUUCGAGGUGAAGCCUGUGAAGGUUGCUGCGGCAGAUGGCAAGGGCAAGGUGGAUGACUACUGGGAGGCCGCCAAGAAGGAGCUUCUGGUGGACCCCUCACUCAUCAACCGCAUGGUAAACUAUGACAAGGACAACAUCCCAGAUGCCGUCAUCAACAAGGUGAAGCCGCUCUAUGACGAUCCAGAAUUCGAACCGGACAAGAUCAAGAAGGGCUCACUUGCUGCGAUGGGCAUCUGCAAGUGGGUACGUGCCAUGGUGGUUUAUGACAAAGUAGCCAAGGAGGUGGGGCCCAAGCGACAGAAGUUGGCUGAAGCCGAGGCGGAAGUGGCAGAAGCAGAAGCCACUGUAGCGGCAAAACAGGCAGAGCUGAAAGAGGUCAUGGACAUGGUGGCUGACCUUGAGGCACAGCUUCACGAGGCCAACGAGAAGGCCAAGGAGCUUCAGAGAAAUCAGAAAGACUGCGCUGCCAAGCUUGCCCGAGCUGAGAAGUUGAUCGAUGGGCUGGGAGGAGAGCAGGCAAGUUGGACCGCAAAGAGCAAGAAGCUGGGUCUGGACUACAACAAUCUGACUGGAGACAUCUUGAUCGCUUCUGGAAUUCUUGCAUACCUGGGGGUAUUCACAAGUGCAUACCGCAAAGAAGCUUGCGAUGGAUGGCUGCAGAAGUUGUCUGACUUGAAAAUCCCAGCCAGCAAGGAGUUCAGCCUGCAGAAGUGUAUCGGAGACGAGGUGAAGAUCCGUCAGUGGGUCAUCGAGUACUUGCCGAAUGACUCGCUGUCCAUUGACAAUGCCAUCAUCUUGGAUAACUCGCGCCGUUGGCCUCUGAUGAUCGACCCGCAGAUGCAAGCCAACAAGUGGACCAAGAAAAGCAAUCCUGACAUCAAAGCCCUGCGUCUCAACAUGCCAUACAUCCGAGAUCUGGAGAACUGCAUCCAGUUUGGCACGCCCGUCCUCAUUGAAAACAUCGAGGAAUCUCUGGAUGCGAUUCUUGAUCCUGUUCUGCAGAAGGCGACAUUCAAGCAGGGAACGCUCACGAUGGUCAGACUGGGUGACUCCACCAUCGAGUGGUCCAAGGACUUCAAGCUCUUCAUCACAACGAAGUUGCCCAAUCCUCAUUUCCCGCCUGAGAUCUGUGUCGCAGUCAGCAUCCUGAACUUCAUGGCCACGCAGGAUGGCCUUCAGGAUCAGAUGCUUGGAAUCGUUGUGGCUGCAGAGGAGCCAGCGACGGAGGAGAAGCGCGUGAACCUGGUGAUUGAGUCUGCCAAGGCGAAGGCACAGCUGAAGGACCUUGAGGACAAGAUCCUACAGCUUCUGAGUUCUUCGACAGGAAACAUCUUGGAUGAUGAGGAGCUCAUUGAGACUUUGUCCAGCUCCAAGAUUAUGGGCACGAAGAUCGAGGAGCAAGUGAAGCAGCAGGAGAUUACGGCUGUCCAGAUCGCAGAGGUCAGGCAAGUCUACAAGUAUCAUGCGCUGCGGUGUGCUGCCUUGUACUUCAUCAUCGGCGACCUGUGCAUCGUUGAUCCCAUGUACCAGUUCUCUCUGGAUUGGUUCAUCGCCAUGUUCAACCAGUCCAUCAGGAUGGCGGAGCCAAAGGAAAGCAAGGACGAGCGCUUUGCAGAAUUGUUCCGCUCCUUCAUCCAGCUGCUCUUCAUCAUGGUCUGCCGUGGCCUCUUCGAGAAGGACAAGCUGCUGUACUCUGUCAUGCUCUGUCUGAAGUGCCAAGAGAUGGAGAAAGAGCUCAAGCUGAACGAAGUGAUGGCUCUGCUUACAGGCCUGCCUGGUGGUGCGAAGGAAGAGAAGCCAGCUGAUUCAGGGUGGCUCACUGCUGUGAGCUGGAAUCGUAUCAACCAGCUGCAGACUCUGGGUGAUGUCUUUGAUGGCUUCGUGGGAGAGUUCGCUGCGAACAUCAAGCAAUGGCAGGAAGUGUUCGACAGCGAUGUGCCUUCCGAAGUUGAGUGGCCCAACAACUUCAAGCUGAAGUGCAGCCCUUUGCAGAAGGCACUUCUCCUUUUCGCACUCCGCCCAGACAGCACAGUGGGUGCCCUGAUGAGCGUCGUCCAGGAGAAGCUGGGAACAUUCUUCCUGGAGCCGCCUCCCUUGGACUUGGAGGUCUGCUACAAGGACUCGACGCCGUCAAUUCCGCUCAUUUACAUUCUGGCUUCGGGCAGUGACCCCAUGGCGGACAUCCAGAAGUUGGCUGAAACGCUGGACAUGUUGGCAAAGAUCAAUCCCAUCAGCCUGGGACAGGGACAGGGUCCAAAGGCGAUUGCCGGCAUCAACGAGGGCUCGCAGUCCGGAAAGUGGGUGCUGUUGCAAAACUGCCACUUGGCACCCAGCUUCAUGCCCACUCUCGAGUCCAUCGUCGAGAAGUUCGAUCCUGAAAGCAUGAAUCAGGACUUCCGUCUUUGGCUGACAGCAUGCCCCUCACCGGCCUUCCCAAUUUCCAUUCUGCAGAUGGGUAUUAAGAUGACCAUCGAGCCUCCAAAGGGUCUCAAACAAGCUUUGCUGCGAGCAUACUUGGGCUUCGAUGAGGAGUGGUUCAACAGCUGCGACAAGCCAAGGGAAUUCCACAAGAUGCUCUUUGGCCUGUGCUUCUUCCACGGACUCAUUCUGGAACGACGCGGAUUUGGACCUGUCGGCUGGAACGUCGCCUACGGUUUCUCCGAGCCUGACCGCGAAAUCUCACGGCAGCAGCUUCGCAACUUCUUGAACGAGUUCGAGGGGGUGCCCUACGCGGCCUUGAACUACAUGGGCUCAGAGGCCAACUAUGGUGGCCGGGUGACGGACAAUCAGGACAGGCGGCUCAUCAUCACCAUUCUUCAGGACUUCUACAACCCUAAGAUCCUGGAGGAUGAUUACAAGUUCUCAAUCUCCGGCAUCUACUAUGCGCCGAAAGCUCCGGAAUCCCUGAGCUUCUAUUUGGAGUUUAUCAGGUCGCUUCCGAUCAGCACCACUCCAGAGGUCUUCUGGCUCCACAACAACGCCAGUUUGACUGCCGCCAUCAAUGAAGGGCUCUACAUUACCAGGAGCUGCUUGUCACUCAUGAGCUCGUUCGGUGCAAGCUCUUCAGCCGAUGACGAUGACGAGGGAACCAAGGUGAAGACUCCGGAGGAGAAGUACUCGGAGAUUGCGAAUGACAUCCACACGCGGGUUCCAGAGCCUUUCGAUCUGGGACAUGCUCUUCGCACAUACCCGGUCCGCUACGACGAGUGCUUGAACACGGUCCUACACAUGGAGCUUGGCAAGUUCAACAGGCUGCUGAAUCGCAUCAAGGGGACUUGCAGCAACUUGAUCAAGGCGGUGAAAGGCUUGGUGGUCUUCUCGCCUGAGCUGGAGGCGGUUGCUGAGGGCUGCUUGACAAACGGAAUCCCCGAUCCAUGGAUGGGAGUGUCGUAUCCCUCGCUGAAGCCGCUGCAGUCAUACGUGGAUGACUUCCUUGGCCGACUCAAGUUCAUGUCGAACUGGAUCAAGGAUGGCAUUCCAUACAUGUUCUGGUUCUCGGCGUACUUCUUCCAGCAGGCUUUCCUGACCGGUGUGCUCCAGAACUUUGCGCGAACAGACAAGAUUGCGAUCGAUCGAUGUAUCUGGAAUUUCGAGGUCCUGAAGGCUGCCUUCAAGCCUGAGGAAUACCCCACCAAGGGUGCCUACAUCAACGGCUUGUUCAUGGCUGGGGCCCGAUGGGAUGACGAUGCGAUGUGCGUAGAGGAUUCCUUCCCCAAGGUCCUGUGGGCAGAGAUGUCGCCGAUCUGGUUGAAGCCAGUUGAGAAGUCGGAGGAUGCACAUGACUAUGACAAGCUCUACAACGCACCAAUCUACAAAACGUCGGAGCGCAAGGGCGUAUUGUCAACCAGUGGCCAUUCCUCCAACUUCAUCAUGUACCUGGCCAUCCCACACUCCUGCAAUGGAACUCACAGCGAAGAGUUCUGGACAAAGCGCGGAGUUGCCCUCAUCUCCCAGCCAGAGCGCAUUUUCCUGGUACCGUUCCCAAGGAUUGAUACGCAUCCACUUCGUGGUCUUGACCUACGAAGACUCGAGGUGGCAGAAGGCUUCGGCCUGCUGUGCCGCUGCCUUGUUGCGUCCUUGAUGACCUCACGGAGGAUCAGGCGAAGAGCGAGAUUCAUGGCCGUCUUCUCAAAGCCGCCAGAGGUUCCGGUCGAAGCCGGUGAGGUCAAGGAGGCCUUGAAGCAAAGUUUGCAGGGCAAGCGGCUUCCUGGUGUGCCAGCACAUCUCAAGCUGGAUGUUGUCGGCAAUGAGGUUCGAAUGUUCUAUGCGGAAGAGGUGUGGGUUGCGGCUACAUUCCGCAAGGCGUGCCAGCGCUUCAGUGAUGAAGCACUGGGGAGCACCUGGGCGAACAGCGCCCGGACGGCUGGGUGGAGGCCCAGACUAUACUGA